AGGCUGCAGACACCGCGGCUGGCGAUGAGGAUGGAGGCCGGGGAGGCAGCGCCACCGGCGGGGGCGGGCAGCCGCGCCGGGGGCGGCUGGGGCAAGUGGGUGCGGCUGAACGUGGGGGGCACGGUGUUCCUGACCACCCGCCAGACGCUGUGUCGGGAGCAGAAGUCCUUCCUCAGCCGCCUGUGCCAAGGCGAAGAGCUGCAGUCGGACCGGGAUGAGACCGGGGCCUACCUCAUUGACCGAGACCCCACCUACUUCGGGCCCAUACUGAACUUCCUCAGGCAUGGCAAACUGGUGCUGGACAAGGACAUGGCUGAGGAGGGGGUCCUGGAGGAAGCUGAGUUCUACAACAUCGGCCCCCUGAUCCGAAUCAUCAAAGACAGGAUGGAGGAGAAGGACUACACAGUGACCCAGGUGCCCCCCAAGCAUGUGUACCGCGUGCUGCAGUGCCAGGAGGAGGAGCUCACACAGAUGGUGUCCACCAUGUCCGAUGGCUGGCGCUUCGAGCAGCUGGUGAACAUCGGUUCUUCCUAUAACUACGGCAGCGAGGACCAGGCCGAGUUCCUGUGUGUGGUGUCUAAGGAACUCCAUAGCUCCCCACACGGCCUAAGUUCCGAGUCCAGCCGUAAGACCAAGAGCACGGACGAGCAGCUGGAGGAGCAGCGGCGGCAGGAGGUGGAGGAGGUGGAGGUGGCCCAGGUGCAGGUGGAGGCGGAUGCCCAGGAGAAAGGUCCCUGUCCGCACCCUCCCAGACCCAAGCCUGAGCUUGCUGUGAGAGCUCCUCGGCCCCGCGCCCGCCCCCAGAGCUGCCGCCCCUGGUUUGUAGCCUGGCAGAGCUGGAGGGAGGGGCGGAAGCAAGGAGGGUGCUCAUAUCUUGUCCUUGGACUUGAGCCGAGCUUUUGGCUGAUUCUCUCCACCCACCAAAGUCUCUCAACUUAUCUGGGCUUGGGGUGAGGCCCUGAGAGCUGAAAAAGUACAGAGGUGGAGACUCUUGUACAUCUGCCUGCCUAUAGUCAGUCAGCACUGGAGCCAGGCCAGGGGAGGGGAGGACUAGCCAUGCGCCUCUGCCCCAUCACGCAUGUCUAGAAGCUCGUGCAACACUGCAUGUGGGUAUUGUGUCCCCUAGUUCUGUGGAGUGGGUGGCCAGGCCACAUGUGGUGUCCCUUGCCUGAUGAGCUGGCAAGAGCCUGCCAAGGAUUGGAGCAUGGCAAGAAAAGACCUGAUCUCUAACUGGGUGACCAUAGCCCCCAGUCAAGCUGAUCUCCCUGUGUGACCUUGGGCAAGUCACUGCCUCUCUUUGGGCCACAGUUGGAUUCUAAGAUGGGGCGAACAGCUGCUUCCGGUGGCCCCCUUUUGCCUGGGAAAGCAGUGAUCAGCUCCUCCUAUCCCUGUCCCCUCACCAGGCUGCCACCACCAGCCCAAGACUGGCAGUUUCUCCCCUCCUCGGUCCUGACUCCGCCUCCUUUGGGCCUCAGCCCCACCCCUCCUCCAGAGCCAGCCUGGGACUCACUUGCCUUUCUCUCUCCCUCCCUCCCCCACUCUCCUCGACUUUCCUGUCCUGGCAUCACCCUGUCCUCACCCCCCACCCUGAUUUUCUGACCCCCUUUCCUCUUCCUUCUGUCCCUCUCCUCUCUUAUUUUCUAGCUAUUACAAGCCAGAGGCACCCGGAUGUGAGCCCCCAGAUCACCUCCAGGGACUUGGGGUUCCGAUCUGAAAUCCUUUAUUUUUGUACCACGGGGUGGGCCCCCGGCCCGAGGAGGAAGACUUGCCCUCUCCCUUGUCACUGCUGCCUGCAUCUGCCGGGCUGGGACCCAAUCCUGCCUUCCGGCCCAGGCCUGGGGCCCUCUGGGACCUUGGAAGGCUUGAGGUGGGCCCUGGGGUCUCCAGGCAGAGUCACCUGCCCAUGGCCAAAGUGUGGCACUGCCCACCCAUAUCUCCCAGGUCCUUUUGUCCCCUUGCCUGGGUCCCCUUGCUGCAUGGCAGAUACACUCUCUCCCAGCCCAGUCAUAGCACCUCCUGCAGCCUCCAUGGCACCCCUCCUCCUCCCACCUACCUCACAGGGGUGUUGUGAGGACCCGGGAGGAAUGGGGUUCCUAAGCCCUAAGUGUCUGGGGCUGCAGUCGUUACCUUCUGGGGGGAGGCACUCUGGCUUAGCCCCCAAGUGGGAUGUUAUGGCUUCAGAUACUGGUGGGGAACAGUGCAAGGACUUAGCCAAGCAGGAAGGAAGCUACAGACUUGGCAUCACCUUGGCUGCCCCUCCCCCGUGCCACCAUGCCUUUGGCAGCAGAGUGCGCUGGCGAGUCUUUGAGGCUGCCCAGGAACAUGUGGUGGAGGAGGGGACAGGUGUGAAAGGGGCUGAGCUGCCCCUCCGCGUCUUGACCUCCUGGGAUGGGCACACAUCUGUCAGCUGUGUCCCACUCACCCUGAAAUAAACCUGAACAAACAGGC